AGAGCCCCCCACUGGGCCAUUGGGCAGGCCUGUGUCCCAGUAGCGGCCACAGCGGUGGGGGCGGCUGUCUAUCCCAUUCCACAGGCCAGGCCCGGUGUCCCCUGGGCACCGGGCCUGACCAGAGAGGGCACUGGGCCCUAUUCAACAAGUUAAGAGGCUCAGAGCUUGGAUUCCAGUUGGACACGGUGCAGUGUUCCUACCCUACCUUAUGAUCAAGGACUCCUAACGCCAGAGUCCCCAAGACACAGGUGUCCCUCCUCCCAGUGGGGAGUUCUCAGAACUUGGGGGUCUGAUGCAUUUGGGGAGCUGUAUCGGUGCCAGAAGGCUUCUUGAUCUGUGUAGAUGGGAACCCAGAGCCCAGGCAGGGCCUGAGACCCUGUGGCUCCGGAUGGCUUGGUGGGUGGGUGGGGCAUCUGAUGCCUGCCUUUGGUGACAGGGAGAGGCUAUUAGGGAUUGGAACUUGGAGACUUUUAGCAAGAACAGAAGUAUCAGGCUGAGGGUAACCCAGGAGGGCUCCCUGGAGGAGGCACUGGGCUGCAAAGGUUGUAAGAAGGGUGUUAAGAGGUGAAUGACAUGAGGUAGAGAGGCUCAGGUUGGAAGCAACAUCCCUCAGGGACUUGAGGAUUCAAAAAGCUCAGCCCUGGUCCCUUCACCUCUGAGCUGCAGGGGAGGCUUAGAAAGGUGUCAGUUCCCCCUAGGGUGUUCUUUCGACACAGACACCCAGAUGAUGCGGAGCAGGAGGAAGAAGACACCCAAGACGGGGUGGGAGACUCAGUGGGGGUCUCCUCAGCUUCCUAAUUGCUCUUCUGUUCCUGGUUCCUCCCUACAAUUAAUACCCAUCCCGGCAACCUCCUCCUCCCAGGACCAGGGUAUCAAGUCCAGAUCCACCCAGGUCCCCACCAGGGAAGCUAGUUGAAGAGUCCCUUUGUCAGCUCCCACCCGAGUGGCACGCAUGCGCGUCCGGCCUCAGUGUUUCCAUCUGUAGAGUGGGGGUGGCCGCUGCCAUCCACCCCCAGUUGCAGCCAGGCACGUGAUCGUGCCUGAAGGGUGGGAGCAUACAAGGUCCCAAAGCCAAGGUUUUUAUGCCUCUUCCCCCGGGCACGCCUGACUCACUCCCAGCUCACCAGCUGUCCUGGACUAUGCUGGCGUGGCCCUAGGCCCCACACCUUGCACCAUGACCUGCUGGCUGCACAUGCUGGGCCUGCACUUGCUGCUGCUGCCCACAGCGCCCCUGGCCGCAGGCUGCCCCGCACGCUGCGAGUGCUCCGCAUCCACCCGCACUGUGGCCUGUGGGCGCCGCCGGCUGACAGCCAUCCCCGAGGGCAUCCCGGCCGAAACUCGCAUGCUGGAGCUGAGCCGCAACCGCAUCCGCUGUCUGAACCCUGGGGACCUGGCCUCGUUGCCCACCCUGGAGGAGCUGGACCUCAACCAUAAUGUGAUUGCCCACGUGGAACCUGGGGCCUUCGCCAACCUGCCCCGCCUGCGCGUCCUGCGUCUCCGUGGCAACCAGCUGAAGCUCAUCCCGCCAGGCGUGUUCACGCAUCUGGACAGCCUCACGCUGCUGGACCUGAGCGAGAACAAGCUGGUCAUCCUGCUGGAUUUCAGCUUCCAGGACCUGCGCAGCCUGCAGCGGCUGGAGGUGGGCGACAAUGACCUGGUGUUCAUCUCCCGCAGGGCCUUUGCGGGGCUGUUGGGGCUGGCUGAGCUCACGCUGGAGCGCUGCAAUCUCACAUCACUGUCCCCGGAGUCGCUGGGUCACCUGCGGGGCUUGGGCGCUCUGCGCCUGCGCCACCUGGCCAUCGCCGCCCUGGAGGACCAGAAUUUCCAGAAGCUUCCAGGACUCUCGCAUCUGGAGAUCGACAACUGGCCGCUGCUGGAGGAGGUGGCCCCGGGCAGCCUGCGUGGGCUGAACCUCACGUCGUUGUCCAUCACACACACCAACAUCACGGCUGUACCGGCCGCUGCGCUGCGACAGCAGGCCCACCUCACGUGCCUCAACCUGUCGCACAACCCCAUCAGCAUGGUGCCACGCGGCUCCUUCAGAGACCUGGUGCGCCUGCGUGAGCUGCACCUAGCAGGAGCCCUGCUGGCUGUCAUCGAGCCGCAGGCCUUCGUGGGGCUGCGACAGAUCCGCCUGCUCAACCUUUCGGACAACCUGCUGUCCACACUGGAGGAGAACACAUUCCACUCGGUGAACACGCUCGAGACGCUGCGCGUGGACGGCAACCCGCUGGCCUGCGACUGUCGCCUGCUGUGGAUCGUGCAGAGGCGGAAGACCCUGAACUUCGACGGCAGGCUCCCCGCCUGCGCCACCCCCGCCGAGGUGCGCGGCGACGCCCUGCACAAUCUCCCCGACUCUGUGCUCUUCGAGUACUUCGUGUGCCGCAAGCCCAAGAUCCGGGAGAGGCGGCUGCAGCAUGUGACCGCCACCGAGGGCGACGACGUGCGCUUUCUGUGCCGCGCUGAGGGUGAGCCCGCGCCCACGGUAGCCUGGGUGACGCCCCAGCACCACUCGGUUACGGCUGCCAGCCGGGGCCGGGCACGCGUGCUGCCUGGGGGCACCCUGACCAUCGCGGACACGCGGCCCCAGGACAGUGGCACCUACACAUGUGUGGCCAGCAACGCCGGGGGUAACGACACUUAUUUCGCCACCUUGACCGUCCAGCCGGCCGCCAACCGGACCCAGGGCGAUGGGCACAACGAGACGCAGGUGGGCGUCCGGUUCCCGCUGGACCUCACCACCAUUCUUGUGUCCACCGCCAUGGGGUGCAUCACCUUCCUGGGCGUGGUCCUCUUCUGUUUUCUGCUGCUUUUUGUGUGGAGCCGUGGCCGCGGACAGCACAAGAAUAACUUCUCUGUGGAAUAUUCCUUCCGUAAGGUGGACGGUCCGGCGGCUGCGGCUGGCCAGGGUGGUGCGCGCAAGUUCAACAUGAAGAUGAUCUGAGCUGAUCCCACGGUGGGUUGUGUGAGCCGGACCGUUCAAACCUCUGUCCAGUCCCAGAUAAUUUCCACCUAUGCAUAUUUUUCCCAGGGGGUAGGCAUGGAGGUGACUGCAAGUCAGCUCACAAGCAAAACUUUCUCAUUUUUGUAGACAUCUGCAGGACUGUUUUUGAGCAGAUCACAUCUUUUGCAGUUCCUGAAGUGUUUUCUAAGGGUUUCAACGUGUCUUUCCCACCCUUUGCUGUGGCUGCUGUGCUAAGACACAAAGUGGCUGGGGACACUCAGGGUCCAUGGUUUCUUAUGCAGGUGCAGGCUGUGGCCCCAAAGUCCAGGGUCCUCCCUGUGCCCUUACUCAGAAGUCACGUCCCCAGAUGCCUGGGGACACAGGACACACCGUGCUUGCAGUGGCUGUCUCCUCCGCUCAUUGUGACCUGUGUCUCAUACAGGGCCCAGGACUGCAGUAGGGACCUGGGAAUGCACCAGCCCAGCUCCUGUCCACCGCUGCUCGGGUACCCAGGGCUACCCCAGACCCUGCAGAGAGGCUCACAGUCAUCUCGGGAGCCCUGUUCCCGCCACUUUCCAUCCCACCAGGAACUUCAGGCCCAGGAGGCCACCUGCCAGGAGAAGCCAUGUCCCCAUGUCCCCUAGAGGUCCCUCCACCCUGCCUUGCCAUACUGGACAUCUGCUUGCAGGAGGGCUGGCUGCCCUGGGUCCUAGGAGUGCCUCUCAGGCCACCACAUCCACUCUGCUGCUCUACAGGGAAAGUGGACUGCUGUAGGGGUGAGCAGGCAGGGCCAGUUGAUUGUGACAAGGCCAAGUCAUGAUCCACUAGCCUACCCCAUCUAAGUUCCUCCCCAGUGUCACCUCUGCCUGGUCACAGUUAGGACACCGUUGAAAGAAGGGACAGAGGGCAUUUUGUGGGACUUGGCCAACUGACCCCCUGGACAUAUGGUAAGACAGGCUGCAGCUCUUUUCCCACCUGUCCAGCUGUAAUGUCUGUGGUCCACUGGGACCCUGUGUCUUCCUUUACAGAACAAGUCUGAGCCUGUAGCCUUUGCCCUGUGUGCCCUCAUGUUUGUGUCCAGACAGGAAGGAGGCAAACCUAAUGCAAUGAGAGACCCAGAUCAAGCUUGGCUAGUCUGAACUGGACUGGGAACACGGGGACCCUUUGGUCUUGCGCCCCCCCCCCCGACUUUCCCAUCACAUACAAACUGAUUGACAGGACACGAAUGACUGGGUUGACUGGCAUUUUCAGACUCUAUCCCUGAGUCUGACAAGAUGGACCUCUUUGUCCUGGACUGUCCUCUUAGCCCCUGUUGCUAUGGCAACCCCAGGGCCCUCAAAACAACAACCAACGAAAUCCAAGUGCCUUUAGAGUUAUUAAAAGACAGAAGGGGUGCACUCCCGGCAGGGUUAGAGUUCACAAAGUGUCAGAACAUUACAUCGGGGUUCCCCAGUCCCAACAACCUCUAUCCUCACCUGCUGUGUUUGACUGAAAUCCAAUUAAACAAGCUGAUUUAAUACAAAA